AUGAAGUUUCCCCAGUUCGACCAGGAGAUUGCCAUCUCCUACUUUUCAGACGUCAAGAAUGCCGGCCAGAUUCGAAACGAGCUGUUAAGCGGUAACCCCGACUACCAGGUGGCUUUCAUUAAUGCCAACACAUUGCUUUCGUCCAAGCAUCUGCUCGCAGCCGUCUACAGAGCCGUUUCCGAUCAGGAAGCCGGCUCCAUGAAGACAAAAAACGUACACUCAGAGGUGCUGUUCUGUCUGGGAGGGAAUAACAACAUCAUGGACUCUCUAAGGAGAUUUGGAAUUCAGGACGAUACCACAAACAUUGUGGCUGUCAAGAUUGGCGGAGGAGAGUACACGAAGCUGGUUGAGGGAACCGAAGAGCCCUUUACUGACGAGCAGAUUGCCAAGAACACAGAUAUCAAGCUCGUCAAGAAGGUAUACAAGUUACCAGGAACAGUCUCUCUAGAUGAUAGAGCUCAGGUGGAGACUGCAGCCAUUGGAGCUCUUCUGCUACGUGGAUUCAGCUAG